AUGUCUUCCAAGCCCGUUCAGCCUUCAGACCGUGCCCUUCGCACCCGUAUCACCAAACCAGUGUCCGCUCCUGCACCCAGUGCUGUCCAAGUCACCACAGCCGCCAAGAAACGGCCGUCCAAGGCCGACCGUGAUGCUCAGAAGGAUGCCAACGAAGCCCGGAUGCCGUCAACCAUCCAGCGCCUUGCAACAGUUGAGCACGAAGAGCAGCAACGCCAACGUCAAGCGUCGCAGCUCAAGCCAAUGCCGAAGAAGGUGCCACGUCCUGCUGCGAAGCAGGACACGUCAGCUCAAGCCAGUACGAAGACGUCAUCUCAAACCUCAAAGCCCAAGUCUACUUCGACCAAAGGACUCACCAAUCCUGCAAGCUCUAAGAAGUCUGCUCAAGAUGCACAGCCAGCGACCAAGACCGUGAUGCUGAGGAGGGAGAAAUCGUCAACACGUAAGGACAUCGACGGAGCGCGUCAACAACUUGAUGGGAACGUCAUCACUGCGCCGCGCCAUCAGCAAGAUACCAUGAAUGGUAAAGUCCCGGUCAAUGCUAAUGAUGUUCCCCAGCCCGGCACCCAGGUCCAGUUCCUCAAGCGCGUCGCCAGCUGGACCAAUGGCGUUGCUCAAGAGGGACGAAAGACUUCGUCAUCCACGUCUGCUUCCGGAUCCAUGGCAGGCCGAAGGACCGUGAGCACUGCACCAAGCACUGUUCGCAGCAAGGUCAGCAGCACCAAGUCAAGAGCACCCAUCAACAUUGUGCAGAACGAGCAAGAUGACGAUACACCGGGCGCUGGUAUUCACACCGAGGAUGAUGCCAUCACUGUGGCAAGAGAACGGAGUGCCAUUACUUCGGAAACUAGACAGGCUAUCAUUAUGGUCAAUACUACUGACGACACGACUCUGCCCUUGCCCAUAUCCCCACCAACUGUGUCUCGACAGCUCAAGCGGAAAGCAGCUGCUCUCGACCUAGACGAGGGCAGCAGCACAGAAUUUGAGCUUCCGAGUGCGGACUCUGAUCUCGACCCCAACUAUACCGAGGCGCAGGUGCUGCCGAGUUUCUCGGACCCUCCGACACCCAUCUAUUACGCGGAAGGAGGUGAAGACGGAGGUGUCGAAGAACCCAUGGACCAGGACCAGGACCAGUACACAUCCGGCGAGGAUAGGGACGAUGGUGCAGAGGACGAGCUCAUGGCCGAGGGUGAAGAGGCUGGCAGCCAGAUGGAGAACGAUGAUGGCGAGGAGAACGGCGAGGGCGAGGAGAACAACGAUGGCGAGGAUGAGGAGGCCUCGACCCAUCGCACCACCAAAGACAUGAAUGCCCAGGUUUCCGCACCUGUCCAGCGUGCUACCAAGCGGCCCCGUGUCACUCCUUGCGACUCCACUGGUGAAGGCUCUGGCAACUUGGGCGGUAAACGCCGGGUGUGGGUGCUUUCUGAUCUCCCCCCUGGUGCCUGCGACAACGGACGCUGGGGCAACGAGUUCCUUCCGACUAUUGUCCACUAUUUCGGCGACAGCGAUACGGUCUGGAACAAUUCUGACUCCGACAUCAUGGACGCCAUCAAGAAGGCAUGGCAUGCAGUUUAUGGCAAGCCUCUCCCUCAAAACGAAACGCUCACUGGUGCAGUUUUCGGCCUGACGAAGAAGAAGCUGGUGGAGUGGCGGAGCGCUUUUGGAUCUACGGCCAUUGCAGCCCUCAUCGCGUCCCUCGCGCAGCAUGCCAAGUUUACUUACGAGGAUCAGAAGGAGUUCGCGGAGGGACAGAUUUGGGAGGACCAGUUUCUCAACUCGGGCAAGAAUAGUGCGGGGCGGCCUGCCGGUAUGCUGCUCGGCGAGUUCUUCCAGAUUGUUCUCGCCUCCCACCAGCUCGCAAUCCAAGGCCGAGUGCACGUCCCAGAAUUCGUUCUGAAGCGGAAGGACUCUCAGGAUCAGGCAAUCUAUGCGCCUAUCGCUGCGUGUGUUCUAGCUGCCGCCACCUGUUCCCGUGCCCUCAUCUUGGUUCGCAACGCCUCCUUCGGCGACAUUGACAAAGCCCUCGGCCGUGUCAAUGUCGUCGUCCCUCCGACCCUGUCCAGUGUCAACAAGGCCAAGAAGAGCUUCGACGCCGUCAAGAAGCAAGAGAAGGCCCGCACCAAGAAAGAACGCGAGGAACGCGGGAAGGCGAAGGAGCAGGACGCUGAGAAGGACAGGGCGAUAGAGGAGGACGAGGAGGACGAGGUGGACGAGGAGGAGGAGGAGCUCGAUGAUGAGGGGUCGAUCCUUCCAUUCUCGAAGGAUCACAACGAGGACGCGACGUUCAACUAUGCGUACCUCAUCAAUCGAUGCCCAAACGAGCGGCUUGCCGAGGCGCUGGCGAUGUCGUCGAAGUACAUCGUCGUCCCUCGCAGGCUCAAGAACUCGAGCGUCAGUCAGGCCAAGCAGCACUUUGAGCCCAAGCUCGACGAGCGCGCCUUCCGGGAGAUCAAUCGUAAGUCCCCUAGUCUGCUAUCGAUACUCUGUCUAAUACUUUGGUUCCAGUAUAAACUCCUCCCGCCUCGUCUCGUUCAGCUCUCGCUUUCUUCGUCGAUGCCCGGAACUUGA